AUGGCUUCUCUUCGCUCUACUCUUCUCCUGUCCCUGGCGGCGCUUGCGACAGCCCGCGACGUACCGUCCAACGUCCGCGACUUUUACAACAGCCUAAAGAGCAAGGGCCAGUGCAGCAACAAGCUCAAGUCUGGCUUCCACAGCAUCGACGGCGACAAUGGCUCAUUCUCGUACUGCGGUGACCACCUUGACGACUACCGCGUCCUGUACCUCCAGGGCAAGAACGGCAACUUUGUCAACAUGGACAUUGACUGCGACGGCAUCCAGCAUGGCCCCGCCGACGACGGCCGCUGCGGUAGCUCCGACGACACCCAGUCCGUCACCUCGUUCCAGAGCAUCGUCCAGGGCUACGGUACCGGCCAAAAGGACCUCGAUGCCUUUAUCCACCCCUACGUGGUCUUUGGCAACGAGGGCUCCCGAAGCGGCUACCCCAACUUCAACCCGCAAGACUACGGCAUUGAGCCGCUGUCCGUCAUGGCCGUCGUCUGCAACAACAAGCUGAUUUACGGCAUCUGGGGUGACACCAACGGUGAUGACGGCUCUCAGGCCAUGGUCGGCGAGGCCUCCAUUUCUCUGGCCACCGCCUGCUACGGCAAGUCCGUCAAUGGCAACAGCGGCCACGACGACAACGACGUGCUCUUUAUUGCCUUUCCCGGCUCCGACGCCGUGCCCGGCAAAAACGGCGCCAAGUGGCACGCCAGCAGCUACAGCCAGUUUGAGAGCAGCAUCACCGGCCUCGGCGACAAGCUCAUCCAGCGCAUCGGCGGCGGCGGCGGUGGCGGCAACCCUCCGACCGGCGGCGACUGCUCAUGGCAGGGCCAUUGUGAAGGCGCUCGCUGCAAGAACGAAAACGACUGUUCUGACGACCUUGUUUGCAAGUCUGGCAAGUGUGCCCGUGGUUAA